UGUAACUCGUAAAGUCAAGCAGACGUUUUCUGAAACAUGUGGGAUUUCAAAUGACCUUCUUGUUUACAACCGAGCAGCUUGCUACUGUCUAGUAUUUUGGGAGUAAAUUAUAAUAAAUUAAGUAAAAAUGGGGGCAACAUCAUCAACAGCAAAUACGACCAAAGUAAAUGAAAUCAGUGCCUCACCACCCUCUGAAUGUCCAAUGCACAAAGGAAAAGAUGUUAAAACAGAUAUCAAUGCUAACAUAAAUGCAUAUCCUAGUGAAUGUCCUAUGAGUCAAGCAACAAAACCAGCCAGUGAAUGUCCAAUGAAUAAAAGUGGUGAUGCAAUUGAUCCAACUAAUAUGAUGCCACCCCCUAACCAGAGACCAGCACCAGAUCAACCGUUCACAUUACCAACAGAUCGUGUUCAAUCAAGUAUUCCUAAAGCUGGUACAGAGGAUGAAAAGUGGGUUUAUCCUUCACAGCAAAUGUUCUGGAAUGCAAUGUUACGUAAAGGUUGGAGAUGGAAAGAUGAAAAUAUUCGACCUGAUGAUAUGAAACAUAUUAUUAAUAUUCAUAAUGCAAACAACGAACAAGCUUGGCAAGAAGUUUUAAAAUGGGAGGCUUUACAUGCGUGCGAAUGUAUGCAUCCAAAGUUAAAAAGAUUUGGGGGAAAGGCACAGGAUUACUCACCGAGAGCAAGAAUAAGAAGCUGGCUGGGGUAUGAGUUACCAUUUGACCGACACGAUUGGAUAGUAGAUAGAUGUGGUAGAGAAGUGAGGUAUAUAAUAGAUUAUUACGAUGGUGGCUCCGUGGAUCCCGACACUCAUGAAUUCACUUUACUUGACGUUCGACCAGCUUUUGAUUCAUUUACUGCGGUCUGGGACAGAUCAAAGGUGGCUUACUGGCGAUGGACAAGUGAAAAAAAUACACCUUCUGGCAGCACUGCUGUUCACCAUACAGAAGAAAGCACCCAAAAAUGAUUAAC